AUGAAUUCUGCAAACUACGUAAAUAACAAUAAAACUGCGCAACAAACAAAUGCUGCUAUCAAUAAAACAAUAUCAUCACCGUCAAGUCUACAUCAAGGAACAAAUAUUGCAGCAGUAUAUCUGAAUUUAUACGAUUUAGGUGGCUGUAUCAAUGCUUGUGUUCAUUCGGUUGGUUUAUCUUAUUAUCACUGUGCUUUACAAGCACACUCCGCUGAAUAUGGCUAUAUGGGACAUCCUUUUAAAUUCACUGGUCUCUAUAAAACAUCGAAACAUGAUUCACGUUUUCAUGUAUAUCGAUUACGUGAUUCUAUUGAAAUUGGAUGGACAUGGUUUAGCGAGAAAGAAAUCGAUCAAAUAGUUCAUGUUCUUAAACCUGUCUAUUUGGGUUUGGAUUAUCACACAGUAAAUAAAAAUUCAAUACAUUUUGCUAAAUAUCUUCUUGAACAACUUGCAAAUGAUUCACAAUUGAAACAUAUUGAACCGAUAAAAAUUAUAAAUUUUCCAUCUUAUAUUAAUCGAAGUCGUCGUUUAACUGAUACUUUAAAAUUUUUAAAAAUAUUUGACAGAGAAAGCGAUAUUGCUGAAAUAAAUAUUCUUUAUUUUCUCUACAUGAACUACGAAGGUAAUAUGAAACAAAUUUGUCAUAUCCUUCAAUGCGAUACAAUCGAUAAGUUGAAAAGAUAUGUAGAAUUAAUCGAACAAGGUAUUCAACUAAAGAAACUUCCCAUAUUUUCAGCUCUUACUAAAUUGAAUUUGAAAACAACACAAGAUUAUUUGAAUACUAUUGAUCAACGUAAUUAUGAUGUUGCUACAUCAACCAAUGAACAAGUAACAUUAACUGAUAUCUUUCAUCAAUUUGAUAGCAUUACAUUGCGUGGUCGUACAAGUAUUGACCGAUAUCUUAAUAUUCAACGAACAAAAGAAUUUACUCAGCAGUUUCAGAAUGAGAAUGUUCUAAUUGAUCGUCGAAGUAUUCCAUUCAAUCAUCAACAAGAAUUAGAUUCAUCGCAUAGUGUUGAAAUUCCACAAUUAACCAAUCGAAAUGGAUUAGAGAUCUUUUCAAAAGGUACAGAUUCAAUAAAACAAAAUCAACCAAUACAAAAGUCUUAUACAAUAUUUCCUCCUAUUCAUCGAACCUCAUUAUCUCAUUCUAAGUCUCAAAAUCAAGUUCGAACACCUUCGACAUCACCAUCUGGAUCACAUAUUUCAGAAACAAUAAUGAAGUCAAACGAAAACGCCAGUUCUCUUUCAACACAUGUCACAAACAUCAUACCAACUAGUCCAGUCCUGUUCGAUCCAGUUUUUAGGCUUGAAAAUUUACUCAAGCGUUCAGUUGUUCCGAUUGAAACUAUACGUUGUCUACAAGAAAAAUCUAGUCGUGAUUUUCCAUUAAACGAACUUUAUCUAACAACCAAUGAUGAUCAUAAUAUGUUUUCAUUGAUUACUCGACGACAACGAAAAAAUUCUUAUUCAUUACAUAAAAGAAAAUUACCACGUGAUCUCGAAUUAAAUAAAAAUUUAUAUAUAAUUACCAAUCAAAAUUCACUUUUUCAUAAUUAUACAAAUAAUUCAAAAUCAACAAUUUCUUCAUUUUCUCAAUGCUAA